UUCCAAUAUGGCGGUCGAUUUGAACAAUUUGAGGAAGAAGUCUGAUUUUGUUACUGUUUUUAUAUAAAAUAUUAAAAAUUCUUGAUUAAAAUGUGUUAGUGUUUUAUAAAAUUGGGUUGUAUUGAUAGAAAACGCGAAAAAUCUUGAAGUAAAAGUCAUGCCUGGAAAAGUUAAAGUGAGAAUCAUUUCUGCUCGUGGACUACCUGUAAUGGAUCGUUCUAGUGAUCUGGCUGAUGCAUUUGCUGAGGUAAAACUUGGUAACGUUGUUCACAAGACCGAAGUAUGCAAGAAAUCAUUAAAUCCUGUUUGGAAUUCUGAAUGGUACAGAUUUGAGGUAGAUGAUGAAGAGCUUCAAGAGGAACCCUUACAACUUCGUGUGAUGGAUUAUGAUACAUAUACUGCCCAUGAUGCAAUAGGAAAGGUAAACAUCAGUCUAAAUUGUCUCCUGAGUUAUGAAUCGCCUCGAAUGUUAUCAGGCUGGUUUCCUAUUUAUGACACAAUGCAUGGUAUACGGGGAGAAAUUCAAAUAGAGGUGAAAGUCGACUUUUUUGUGGACACGAACAAGUUUAGACAGUCGUCUUGUGGUGUACUGUUUUUCACAACGCCAUCCGUUCCAUGUUGCUACAAAGCACUCGCCUUUCAUGGUUUUGUUGAAGAAUUGGUCGUGAACGAUGAUCCUGAAUAUCAGUGGAUUGACAAUUUUCGAACAACUCGAUCUUCCAAUGAGGCUCGUCAAAGGCUUUUUCAAAAACUUUCAGGCGAGCUACAAAGGAAGAUUGGUUUGAAGGUUCUUGAUCUUGGAGGAAACGCAGUCAUUGGCUAUCAGCAAUAUUUUGAUCUGGAAGGAGAAUCUGGAAUUGUGGUCCGCGGUAUUGGUACUUGUGUAUUGUUGUUGAAGAUAAAUGCGACGUCAUCUUUACCAACAACUCCCACUGGAUUUAUUGGUUCCCCAAGAGAUGAGGCGUCAACGACAGAUAAAUGCGUUGCUGGCACUCCUAAGUCGAACCCUAUCAACGUUAAACGAAUGCGACAUAACUCGACCACAGACUCAGACGGUAGUUCUCCUAAAAAGGAUCACAAUGGUAGUGGAGAUUAUGGUAGUUUUGGUAAAUCUCUAGGUCGCCCGUGGAUACCUGGGCAAAAUACGACAAGACAACGAUUAAUUAAUGAACUAGAAUUUCCUUUUUUUACGUUGACUAAACUUCCAUCUUCAAUACUUCGAUCUAUCGGCGGUGUUGUUAGUGCACGCUCUGUUAAACUUCUCGAUCGAAUCAACAAUCCAGACGAACCUGAGACUCGCGACUCAUGGUGGCGUGAAAUUCGAACGGAAAUAAGAUCACAUGCAAACUCCCUUGGAUGUAAUGCGGUGAUUGGCUACUCUGAAUCAAGCUCUAUUUGUGAAGAGUUAAUAGUGUUGUCUGGCAUCGGGACUGCAGCUUUUGUAAUGUUUGACAGAGAUUUACCAACAGUUGGCAAAAAUUCUGGUGUACCACAAACUGAUUCAGAGGGAAAUUCGUCAAAAUCUGCGUUGUUGUCUACAGUGCAACUGAGCAUCACGCCUCCCGAGGAAAAUGAAUACCGAUCAAAUUCUAGUUGCUCUAUUUGCCAUAUUCCUUAUGUUGAUGACGAUGUUCCCAUGCCUGUUCAUCUAACGAAAUGUUUAGUUUGCAAACAAAACAAAGUUCCAGAUAUGUUAUUUUCAACAACUGAGUUGCCUUGUGAUCUGGCCGUGGUUGGAAGAGGCUGUAUUCUGCAAGGAAGGGUCUGUCGUAUCCGACGAAAAGAAAAAGGGGAAGUUAAUGCAGAAUUGACAAGCAACAUUCUACCCUUUUUGGAAUAUGAACUUCACCGUCAACUUACGAACAAGUUAAAGUUGAAGGGAAUGAAUGCAUUGUUCGGUCUUCAAGUUCAAGUCUCUGUUGGUGAAUCCAUGAUUAUAGCUCUCGGUACUGGAACAGCGUUAUACCUCGCGUGUCUUCCUCCUGCCCCAAUACUUCGUGUAGUAGGCAAGGUUUCUACUGCUGAAGAAGAGAGGAGAUUGAAAAAUAUUCAGAAGAAGAUUUUAGAGUACAGUGCAAGAAGUAGAGUAUCGUUUGGAAUUGAUAAAGUUGAUGAUUCUUUAUUGUAUUACCAUCAUGAAAGUAAUUUUGACGGUGAUACAACUAGUGACACGAUGAUUCUUGAUCCAUCAUUGGGAAAUAAAGAGGCAUUUGUCGUAGAGAUUGAUGAUCAACAAGACGAAGACGUCAUCACAGAUCUUUUUGAUACGCCUAUCCCUAAAGGUUUUAUUUGUGGUACGACUGAAGCAGUUCCGGGGGUGGACAAAUAUGAAAACAGAAUGCAGAUGAUUACUGCUUUGAAGCGGAUAGCAGUAAAUGACGAAAAUAGCGAUCGUAACAAACUCAUCUCGAAACUUUUCGAAAGUAUUGUGCAGAGCUUCUGGUUCAAAGUUCGCCGUCUCUCUCCAUGCUCCAUAUCAAAUAUUCGUUUUGACUUAGAAAUACCAAUGGCGGACAGCGUACAGGUUGCUGUUAAUGCUUACGUUAUUGGAUGUCAAACUCGUGAAGAUGAUGACAGAUUGCCAUCGAGGAUGCCCGCUGAUCAUCACGGGAAAGGUUAUCCUCGUGCGCAGUUUGGGCUUUUGAGAAUUGGAAAACCGGAUGAUUUAGAUUUACAAUUUGAGAUUGAGGACGAAUGGCAAACUACAUCUCAGUCUCCAGUGCAGUCCACGAUGUCUAAAGAUUUCACAACCUGCCGAUCACAAAAUAGAAUACGAAAGACCAAGGAUGUUUCCUGUUCUCGUCCACUUGUCGAAUUGACUCCAACGUCUUGUGUUGUUGGAGGAGUUACUGAACGAUACUUGGGCAACAUUAAUCUCUUUUUUAUACGAGAAAGUCUCUCUGUGCGUGAGAAUGGUGGAUUGAAUAAUUUUAUUCAAGUAUUCAUUGGCGAAGUACAUGCAAUUGUGCGGGCUCAAGUGCUGGCUUUAGGCGGAAAUGCCUUGACUUCAUUUCGUAUGAACAAAGUGGUUCUCCUUGACAGUCCUCACAAAAAUCAGGGACAAAUAUUGCUGAACGUUUGUGGCGAUGUCGUUGAAGUGAACUUCAGAAAAGACAUGUGAAUAUAUGAAUUGGUGAAAUUUUGAUAAAACAUCCACUGUAAAUGUUAUGUAAAUUUCUAUUGCAAUAUUUGUGAGAUUUUUUUAACAUGAUGACGAGUGAAAUAGCACGUGCGUUGAAAAAAAACGAAAAACGAUGUCUUACACAUAUUCGCUUUGAUGUACACUCUUAUAUAAAACAACAAAUUUUUAAAACGUGUUCUGCCCCAAUAAAUCAUUUAUAUUGAUCUCGCGAUCUUCAUCAAGUAAA